GACAGAAGCUGAUUGUGGGAGAAGCAGAUCAACACUCAGCUUCACUGAGUCUGGAUUGUAUUGGAGGUUCUGCUUUACUCUAAUGACAGCAUAACGUCAUAAUAAUUUCAUUUUCAGGGACCCCCAGAAUUUUUACUUUGAAACAUUAAUGGGGUCUAAGAGGUUAAUUAGAGGGUCCCAGACUCCCCUGGACCCCCUGUAUUUAGCACGUUGCCUAAGAGCUUGAGGAGGAACCACUGAGAGGAAUCGAAACUGAGGGGAACCCGCCCUGCUCUCUGCUCUGCUAAUGCCACUUGCCUCUUACACGUUGACAUGGCAACCACAGCGAUGGAGAAGAUCGGUUGGCUGUUCAUUAACCUGCAGCAGGUGAGGCGGGUGCCGCAGAAGCUGAGGGAGGCGGUGCCGUCCGUGCCUGCCACGGUGCGAGACGCCGAGGUGCCCAGCUUCUUCCGCGAGCGCUACGUCCACACCGGCUACCGACCGCUGCGUCAGAGCUGGAGAUACUAUUUAUUGUCUCUGUUCCUGCGCCAUAACGAGACCGUGAACGUGUGGACGCACCUGCUGGGGGCUCUGGUGGUCCUUGCCCAAACGGCUCGGCUGGCGGAGAGCGUGGAUUUUCUUGGUGACCCUCACAGCUGGCCGCUGCUGGUUCUCCUCCUAUCCUCCGCAACCUACCUGACCUUCAGCGCCACGGCUCACCUGCUCGGCGCCAAAUCCGAGCUCGUCCAUUAUGGCUUCUACUUCCUGGAUUACGUGGGCGUGGCGCAGUACCAGUGUGGCAGCGCCGUGGUGCAUUUUUAUUACGCCGUGGAGCCAAGCUGGUACCAGCACGUGAGCGGGAUCUUCAUGCCUGUGGCGAGUUUGCUCAGCUGCCUGUUCUGUGUGGGCAGCUGCUACGGAAAGUACCAGAACUACAGCCUUCCGUCCUGGGUGCGUAAAGUGGGUCAGGUGGUGCCCUCGGCUCUGGCCUACGUUUGGAACACCAGCCCCGUGCUCCAUCGCAUUGGGCUCUGGUACCUGUCCGACUCCAGAAGCAACCGUGCAGUGAUGUUCCACUGCGGUCAGGUGAUCUUUUUUCUGUGCGGCGCGUUCUUCUUCACCCACCCUCUGCCUGAGCGCCUGUUCCCGGGUCACUUUGAUUUUCUGGGUCAGGGUCACCAGCUGUUCCACGUGUUCCUGGCGCUCUGCACUCUCUCCCAGAUCCACGCCUCGUACCUGGACUACCUCGACCGGAGACACAUCUACUCCCGUCUCCAUGGUGAUGGAGCAGCGCUGUAUUUCGCUCUGCUGUAUGUGGUGACGACGGCUGUCAGUGCUCAGAUUGCUGCUUGCGUGAUGAAGAAAGUUAAAAGACUGCUGGAAUGUGAGAAAAAGGCCAAAUAAAGACAGAAAGACGGUUUGAAAGUAGUUUGCACUUUUGCGCCAAGUGCACUUACAGACCUGCAUUCCAUAAAUGUUGGGACAGUGUGUAAAAUCCAAAUAAUAACAAAAAAUUCAAAAAAGUCCACUUUUAUCUGUAUUUGAACUAAAUAGAAAAGUACAAAGACAAGAUAUUUGAUACUUUAUCUUGUCAACUGUAUUGUUUUUUUAUAAAUACACAUUAAUUCUGAAACUGAUGGCUGCAACAUGUUCCAAAAAAGUUUAAACAGGAGUAAUUUAAAAUGUUCCAGGUACAGUUAAGACUGUACUCUGCACAGUGGAAGUCACAUAUCAACAAUAUCCAGAAACGCCGCCGACUUCUCUGGGCUCAAGCUCAUCUGAAACGGACUGAUGCUCAGUGGAAACCUGUAUUUUGGUAAUCAGAGUGCGUGUUAGACUGACUUGCCUGCCUCUCUUUAAAACAUGCAGCACAUGCAAAGCACAAAAUUCGGCACUGAAGGCCCCGAACGACUGAGCAGCUGAAGACUCGUAUAACAGGAAUGUAAAAAAAUUCCUGAAUCAGUUUUGAGUCUUUAGUUCCUUAAACAAUUAUUAAGAGCUGUUUAAGGAAAGUUGAUGUAAGUGUGUGUGAAGAUGCUCCUAUUCUGACAUUUGGAACAUCUUACAGGCAUCAAAUUUGGAAUUAGCAGAUAUUUACUAAAAAUAAUAAGGUUUUUUUUUGUUUUUUUUUACUGUUUUCAGUUUAAUGCAGGUCAGAGUUCACUAAUCUGUCACUGGUUUCUGUUUUUAUCAGCAUUUCACACACUGACCCAACGUCUCUGUUACUGAGGUUUGUAGAUUUUUCUCUUUCUGUGUUUGGUUGCUGGACUGUGUCGGUCAUUCAACCUCAAACUAUGUCACAAUGCAGUUAUUUGACAUUCCGUAUCCGACAGCAUUCCGGAGAGUUUUGGGGAAACUGACCUUUUAGUUAAAUUUUAUAUAUAAAACGUUAAAAUAAGUUUUUGUGUGUAAACAACAAACGUUCAAGCACAGUGUUUAACAGGUUCUGUUUCAUUAUGGUUCUGUUUCAGUACUGUUUAUAACACUCUUAUCCACUUUGCUCACACAGUGCAGAAGGAGGGGCUCAGUGUAGAGCACAUUAUUUGGAGGGGUCAGUGUAGAGCAGAUUAUUCGGAGGGGUCAGUGAGGAGCAGAUUAUUUGGAGGGGUCAGUGAGGAAGAGAUUAUUUGGAGGAAUCAGUGAGGAGCAGAUUAUCUGGACGGGUCAUUGAGGAAGAGAUUAUUCGGAGGGGAUCAGUGAGGAGCAGAUUAUUCGGAGGGGUCAGUGAGGAAGAGAUUAUUCAGAGGGGUCAGUGAAGAGCAGAUUAUUCAGAGGGGUCAGUGAAGAGCAGAUUAUUCAGAGGGGUCAGUGAAGAGCAGAUUAUUCAGAGGAGUCAGUGAAGAGCAGAUUAUUUGGAGGGGUCAGUGUAGAGCAGAUUGUUCAGAGGGGUCAGUGAAGAGCAGAUUAUUCAGAGGGGUCAGUAAGGAAGAGAUUAUUUGGAGGAGUCAGUGUAGUGCAGAUUAUUCAGAAGGCUCAGUGAAUAGCAGAUUAUUCGGAGAAGUCAGAGAGGCCUUUGUGUAGCCUUUAGCCUGUAGCCUCAGCCCAUAAACAUCAUGGUCCUUAAGGUGGCGCCAGGGAUUCUCUCGAGGGGAAACGGUGAGGCUGAGUGGACGAGGGCAGUAAAAGCUGGUGUUGAAACGGGCAGUCAGACUUAUCAGUGUUCAUGUUUCUGCAAUUUUUUUGUUUCAUUUAAUUAAAGUAGUUGUGGUCA